AUGCCUUUGGCUGAUUAUAUAUUAGAUGGAGAGUUGGGAAGAGGUGCAUUCUCAAUUGUCUACCGCGUCAUUGACAGAAAGUCAAAGAAGGAGUUUGCCAUGAAGGUCAUCGAUAGGAAGUCAUCAUCAAAGGCAGCACUCCAAACAGAGAUUGAGAUCAUGAAGAAAGUCAGUCAUCCAAAUAUCGUAACGAUGCAUGAAUACUUUGAGUCGACAGAGAAGAUCUACUUGGUCGUGGAGUUGGUGACAGGUGGUCAGCUAUUCGAUAAGAUUAUGGAGAAGAAGUUCUUCUCAGAGAAGGAGGCAAGAGUGAUUGUCAAGCAGUUGUUAGAGUCAUUGCAGUAUCUACACAGUGUUGGAAUCGUACACAGAGAUCUCAAGCCUGAGAACCUAUUACUAAAGAAUGAGAAGGAUCUCACCAUUGCCCUCUCGGACUUUGGUCUCUCCAAGAUCCUGGCAGACGAUGUCUUUAUGAAGACAACAUGUGGAACACCAUCAUAUGUUGCACCAGAAGUAUUGAAUAACAUUAAUAACGCACCGACUGCGUAUACUGAGGCGGUUGACAUGUGGUCUGUAGGAGUGAUUGCCUAUAUACUUAUGUGUGGCUUCCCUCCCUUUUACAGCGAUGACAUUAGGAAGCUGUUCGAAUCGAUCAUGGCUGCCAGCUACGACUUCCCAGAGAAGUACUGGAAGAACAUCUCCAAGGAGGCCAAGCACUUUGUCAACUGUUUCCUCACCGUCGAUCCAGCAAAGAGAUACACUGCCAAGCAGGCACUCGAGCAUCCAUGGUUAACAUUGGCUCCACAAUCAGCACCUCUACCACAUUGGAAUGAUCAGAUCAAGAAGUAUGUUGUGAUUCGCAGAGAGGAGAGCAAGAAGUUUGGCGCAGAGUUGGUGUUCAACACGAAGCUGGCACAACCAACUACACAGUCUUAA